AUGAAUAUAAAUACAAAUAGCUUACCUCUUGGACAUGCAAGCCAAAAGACAUCAGAUAGCUUUGUGAUUGAGGAAUUUUUUAAAGGACAUAAAGAUAUAUUUAACUCAAAGAACAAUUACAAUUUAGCCAUAGAUAGCAGUAGUUAGAUACAAAAGAAUCUUAUUAAUGGAAGUACAAAUAAUUUAGAAGGAAGUACAAAAGAAGAAGAUCCUCAAUAAAUUUAAGAAACAAUUAAUUAGCAAACAGAUAAUCAAAAUAGCUAACAUGAUGAAGAAUGUUUGAACUAAAUUGACUGUGAAAAUAGUUUAAAUUAGAAUGAAUUUUACAAGAAACAAGAGGCUUUACAAAAAGAAGAAAGAAAUCAUGGAAGUUAUUUAAAUGACUUAAAGCACUACUAAGAAAAAGAUAAAGAUGAAGAAAAUAAAAGAGCGCUCUAAACUUUUAAGUUUUUGUUACAAAAAAGCAACAAUAAUAUUGAUGAGUCAGGAUUAAAAGAUGAAAUAGUUCCAUUUUAAUAGGAUAUUAGCCAAAUCGAUCCAAAAUAUGAACAGAAUCACACAUAUAAUUUAGAAAAUGAAAACACAGAAUAUAUAUUAAGAAAUGCUGAAAAAUAUUUAGAUUCACCUGAUUAUGAUUAAGAGGAUUAAUAAAAUGAUAAAAAGCAUUAGUAUCUUCCUGAGGAUUACACAGGGAAUAUUCCUGAAAGCUUCGAGGAAAAAUAAAAAGAUUCUUUGUUUUUAUCUUAAAUCAAAUCUCAAAAAUAAUAAAUACAAGAUCUUUAAAUGCAAGAGAGGGAAGAAAAUGAAAUUUCAUUUCAUUAAGAUCAAAAUCAAUUUACCAAUUAAAUUAAUGAGAAUUAAACUUAGAUCAAUGCUGAAAGUAAAUUACAGCAAGACACUUCACCUCUUCAUAAAAGUGACUCUCAGAUAACUUUUGAAAGGUGUUAGAAUAUUGAAAAGAUUAUUGAAGAAUAUGAGAGAAGCAUACAGAACUUAAGUUCAGUCGAAGAACAGCCUGCCGUUUUAAAGAGUAGAUCUGAUUUAAAAUUAUAAUCAAGAUCAAAUUCUAAGCAAUAAGACCAAAUGCUUGAAAAGUAAUCAAGCUAAUCUUCAAUAAAUUAAGCUUAAAAAGCACCUUCUUCAAUACUUACACCAAGUAAAUAAAAUUCAAAUACUAGCAUAGCAAGCAAGCCUCCUAAAGAUUAAUCUAAAAGAGAGUCAAAUUUAAAACUAAAUAAUUAAGAAUCUUAAGAAAAAACAGAAAAAGACAUAAAAUAUUAAUUCUAAAUAUAGCUUCUUGAAUCUGAGAAUCAAGACCUAAAAUAGCAAAUUCAUUAAGUUUAGCUUGAAAAAGAAGCUCUUCAAUUAAAAAUAGACAGACUUGAAUCCAAAAAUGAAUCGUUAACAAAAAAUAUGAGUUAAUUUAAAGAAAAGUUAUCCUUAAUUGCAAGUAUUGAUUCUGAAAUAUCAUCCAAUUUAGAAAUAUUAUCAGUAGAAAACCAAGAAUUAUCAUCUCAAAAUGAAUAGUUUUAAUAAUAAAUAAAUGCUUUGACAAAUUAAAGCAAUGCUCUAUAAUUCGAAAAUAAGAAUUUACUAGAAUCAAUUAAAAAUAUGAAGACCUAAAUCCAAUAUUUUUAGGAAAAAUUAGAUGAAAAGUUUGAUAUUUUAAACAGUGAGCACACAAAUAAAAAUAAAAAGUUCCAAGAAGAUGUUAUAAUAAAAUUUUAAAAUGUAAAAGAAUCAAUAAGUAACUAUAUUCAUUAAAAUUCUGAUUUGAAUUAGAUUUCCAAGGAAGUUUUAAAGGCUUAUGCUCCAUAAAAGUUAUAAACUAAAAUAGAUAUUAAAAUUAAAUAAAUAGAAAAAAAUUCAUAAUCAUAUUAUAGUCAAAUAGAUUAGUCAUUAGAUAAUUUAUUAUCUCUAAUUAAUGAUUUUACUUCAAAUAUAGAUGAAGUGUGA